AUGCAGCGGGAGCUGCUGCCAGCCAUGGGCCCGCUGGACGCCGACGGCAGCGCCAAGCUGGCCGUGGUCGGGAUCGGCUCGCUGGAGGCGGCCCGGGACUACGCGGACGCGCUGGGGCUGCCUCGGGAUGUGGUCUUUGCGGACGAGGGUGCCGUCACCCACAGGGCGGUCGGGACGGUGAACUCGGACUUCGAGGAGAACGCCCUGACGAGGGGGAAGCGCAUGCUGUCGAUGGAGACCUGGCGGGCCGUCGUGCGCCGGCGCGGCGGCCGGAGGGUCUCCAUCGGCCCCUUCGACGUGCCCGCGCUCGCCACCAACAACGACCUGGAGGCCGUGAAGCCCGGCGCGGGCAUCUACAAGGAGUACUCCCUGGAGGGCGACCAGGCGGCGGACCGGUCGCUGGUGCUCGGCGGAGCGCUCGUCUUCAACGGGGUCAAGCUGCUCAUGGCCCAUUACGACCAGGCCCCCGGCGCGCACGCGGACAUCGAGUGGGUGGUCGGCGCGGCAAAGGCGAGGGCGCCAGGGCAGCCGCAGAAGCUGCUUGCCGCGGAGGCGGACGCCGCGUCCACGGCGGCGGCGGCCGCGGCGCCUGACGCCGGCGCGGCCGCGCAGCCUGAGGCCGAGGCGCCGGUGGGCGCGUAG